UCAGCAAGCCGCAGCAUCCCUGCUGGCCGCGCUGCGGGGCAGCUCCUCCUCCUCUCCGUCCGGCCGGCUGCGGGCGCCGGGGACGUCAGCGCUGCCAGCGUGGAAGUCGCUGUGGGCCGCGGGAGGCGGAAGUAGUUCCCGGCACCGCGGGACCAACACCAAACGCCUCAGCUAUGGACGCGUCCCUGGAGAAGAUAGCAGACCCUACAUUAGCUGAAAUGGGAAAAAACUUGAAAGAGGCGAUGCGGAUGCUGGAGAACAGCCCGAGAAGAAUAGAGGAAGAAAAUGGAAAGAAACCAGUGCCUGAGGAUAUUCCAGGACCACUCCAAGGCAGUGGGCAAGAUAUGGUGAGCAUCCUCCAGUUAGUUCAGAAUCUGAUGCAUGGAGACGAAGACGAGGAGCCCCAGAGCACCCGAAUCCAGAAUAUUGGAGAACAAGGUCACAUGGCUUUGUUGGGUCAUAGUCUGGGUGCCUAUAUUUCAACUCUGGAUAAAGAGAAGCUAAGAAAACUUACAACCAGGAUACUUUCUGACACUACCUUAUGGCUAUGCCGGAUUUUCAGGUACGAAAAUGGAUGUGCUUAUUUCCAUGAGAAAGAGAGGGAAGGACUUGCUAAGAUCUGUAGGCUUGCCAUUCAUUCUCGCUAUGAAGACUUUGUAGUGGAUGGAUUCAACGUGUUAUAUAACAAAAAGCCUAUCAUAUAUCUUAGUGCUGCUGCUAGACCUGGCCUGGGCCCGUACCUUUGUAAUCAGCUUGGCUUGCCCUUCCCCUGCCUGUGCCGUGUGCCCUGUAACACUAUGUUUGGAUCCCAGCAUCAGAUGGACGUUGCCUUUCUUGAGAAACUGAUCAAAGAUGACGUAGAAAGAGGAAGACUGCCCUUGCUGCUUGUUGCAAAUGCUGGAACUGCAGCAGUCGGACACACAGACAAGAUUGGACGUCUGAAGGAACUCUGUGAGCAGUAUGGCAUUUGGCUUCAUGUGGAAGGUGUGAAUCUGGCAACAUUGGCUCUAGGUUAUGUCUCCUCGUCUGUGCUGGCUGCAACCAAAUGCGAUAGCAUGACACUGACUCCUGGCCUGUGGCUAGGUUUGCCAGCUGUUCCUGCAGUGACACUCUACAAACAUGACGAUCCUGCCUUGACACUAAUUGCUGGCCUUACAUCAAAUAAGCCUGCAGACAAACUUCGAGCCCUGCCACUCUGGUUGUCUCUACAGUACUUGGGACUUGAUGGCAUUGUGGAGAGAAUAAAGCAUGCUUGUCAGCUGAGUCAACGGCUGCAAGAGAGUUUGAAGAAAGUGGACCACAUCAAAAUCCUGGUGGAAGAUGAGCUCAGUUCUCCAGUAGUGGUAUUCAGAUUUUUCCAGGAAUUACCAACCUCAGAUCCAGCAUUUAAAGUUGCCCCUGUAUCCAACAUAGCAGCUGCAGCAGUUGGCCAGGAGAGACACUCCUGUGAUGCGCUGAACCGCUGGUUGGGAGAACAGUUGAAACAGCUGGUGCCUCAAUGUGGCCUCACUGUCAUGGACCUGGACAUAGAUGGCACAUGUGUUCGGUUCAGCCCUUUGAUGACAGCAGAAGCAUUAGGAACUCGAGGAGAGGAUGUAGAUCAACUCAUCACCUGCAUCCAAAGCAAACUGCCAGUCCUGACAUGUACACUACAGCUACGGGAAGAAUUCAAGAAGGAGGUAGAGGGGACAGCGGGGCUCCUGUAUGUGGAUGACCCCAACUGGCCUGGAAUUGGAGUUGUCAGGUAUGAGCAUGCUAAUGAUGAUAACACCAGUUUGCAAUCUGAUCCAGAGGGGGAAAAAAUACACACUGGACUUCUGAAAAAGUUAAAUGAACUGGAAUCUGACCUCACAUUUAAAAUGGGCCCUGAGUACAAAAGCAUGAAGAGCUGCAUUUACAUUGGCAUGGCAAGUGAUGAUGUGGAUGUUUCUGAGCUAGUGGAGACCAUUGCUGUCACAGCCCGGGAAAUUGAAGAGAACUCAAGGCUUCUAGAGAACAUGACAGAAGUUGUUCGGAAGGGGAUUCAGGAGGCUCAGGUUCAGCUACAGAAGGCAAAUGAGGAGCGGCUUCUGGAAGAGGGAGUGUUGCGGCAAAUCCCUGUAGUAGGAUCCGUGCUGAAUUGGUUUUCUCCAGUCCAGGCUUCACAAAAGGGAAGAAGUUUUAACUUAACAGCAGGUUCUCUGGAGUCCACAGAAUACACCUAUGUCUACAAAGUACAAGGUACAGGAGUGACACCACCUCCUACACCCUCAGGCACUCGAAGCAAACAAAGGCUCCCAGGUCAGAAGCCUUUUAAAAGGUCCCUGAGAAGCUCGGAUGCUGUGAGCGAGACUAGCUCAGUCAGCCACAUUGAAGACCUGGAAAAGGUGGAACAGUUGCCCAGUGGGCUAGAGCACGACAGCCUAGAGGCCCAGUGCCCCGAGCAGCCCUGCAGGGCUGCUGACCCCGUGGCCAGACAGACUGAGGCCCUGCAGAGUGAGGCCCAGCAUCAGGAAGAUGACCACUCACAGAUGGGAACCAGGGUGCGGAGACUUAAGGUUUAGCCGACCUGUAAACUCUCACCUCUAGGAUUUGCUUGUCAUCUUGCUGCAACCAGAAAUCCACAUGUGGGAAUGGCGUCCAGGAACACGGGCCUAUUCGAAGUUGUUCUGUCUUUGCAUCAUAAAUGCUAAUCAUCUAAAAGAACCAUUUCCAUGACAAGCUGUAAGGACACUGCCCUACCUACCUGCUUAGUCUAGCUCCCAGGUUGUUUGUCCCCUUAGAGGAGAAGCUGCACACACUGACCUCCCGUAAUAACAAAGCUGCCACCACCGAGUGCCUCUCUGUGUUUGGUCCUGUGCGUUGCUGUGUUUACUUUUGACAACAAGCCUACAAGAAAACAGCAUGCUGCCCUAUCAAGGGGAAGCUGAUGGGGAGGUGUCAAGUCACAUGUCCAGUGAGCAUCAGCAGUGCCUCAAAGCCAGGUAGGUCUGACUAAAAUAAAGCCUGUAUUCCUCAUGGCUA